AUGAUGCAGUGCGACACCAUGCUGUGCCCAGAAGACGUGUAUUACACCAAUGAUUCCAUUUCAAGUACUUUCUCAGAUGGCAGAUCCAUCUACGAUGCUGCGGCAAGUUUCAACACACACAGCUUACGGGUAACGGACUUUCCGUUGAUGCACGUGUUCAGAAGUGGCAGUUGUUAUUUCAGUCGCAACAACCGGCACUUGUGGGUCUUUCGCAACUCCGGCGUGGAUUUGGUACCGGUCAAGUUGGUACGGCGUCCCGCUCGCUCCAGUCGCUUGCUCCCACGAGAGCAUGUUUGUGUGCGGUACGCUCGGUAG